GAUAGAAACUUUGUGAUUUUACUCAUUUUUAUUUUUAUUUUUUAUGUUUAGAAAGUGCUCAUGGCCCGGUGCCUUCACCCAGACAAAAUGUCCAAAUUUCUGAUGUCAUAAAUGGUUUGUAUUACUAGCAACAUUUUUAUUGGUAUACCUGUUGUAGUAUAGUUUAUCAAAGAAUGUACUGUAAACAUUUCUGAAUUUCUAGGUGAAAUCAAUAAUGCACAAAAUGUGGAAGAAAUGGGAAUCUUAUUGGAUUUAGAAGAUUAUAACAAUUUAGUGGAUGAUUCGAAUCCCUUAGCUUUAUCUAUUGUUGAUGAAGAUAUUGUGUUGAAUAUUCUCAAUAUUGAUGGUAAGUUUAUUCCCUAAUUUUUCUAGUGAGGAUUUACGUGAAUUUAUACAAGUUUAAAAUUGUGUAAACUAUUAGUCCUUUCAUUUCAGAUGAACAGGCUACAGCUUUAGGUUUGGAAACUCAGGCUAAUUUAGAACCAACUAAUGAAAAAGAAAAUAAUAUAGUCAAUGAUAAUGCAAAGAAUACAAGAAAAAAAUUGAAGCACCAAUCAAAACAAGAUCAGAUUAAGGCAUUGAGAAACAAAGGUUUGGCUCAUGUGAAUGUGAAGGGAAAACCAAAGGAAGCAAAGACUAUGGGUGGUCCAUGUGAGGAUUGUCGUUUCAAAUGCCCUACAAAGGUUAAUGAGGAGGAUAGACAGAAAAUAUUUUCGAGCUUUUGGGCCAUGGGAGAUCACACUAGACAGCAAGACUACAUAAAGGACCACAUACUUCGUAAAGAUCCUGCUGUUCAUUUCCCUGAUUCAAAGCACAAGCAAAAUACCAUUAAGUAUUUUUUUGUUAUUGAUGGAAAGAUGACAUUUGUUUGUAAAACUAUGUUCUUGCAGACUUUCAGUAUUUCUGAAGCCUGGACUAAAACAGUAGUGAAGAAAUUGAAAGCAGGCAAUGGUCACGUAAUUUCACCUGAUAUGAGAGGUCGUCACAACAAGGUUGCCCCCGAAGUUCACCAGAAGAAUACAGAGAAUGUUGAAGAGCAUAUUAAAUUAUUCAAAGCUGUACCAUCACAUUUUUGUCGAGCAAAAUCGCAAAGGAAGUAUUUACCAACUACUUUGAAUAUAAGCAAAAUGUAUCGCCUGUACAGGGUAUGGAUGUCUAAAGUGAAGCCAAAUGAUCAAGUGAAGGCUGAGACGUUCUACAGAUCUGUCUUCAAUACCAAAUUCAAUCUUGGUUUCCAUAAGCCUAAAAAAGAUAUGUGUGAUAUGUGUAGUGUUUUUGACUUGUGUAAUGCUGCUCAAAAAGCCAAAUUACAGGAAAAGUUUGACAUGCAUCUUAAACAUAAGAAUGAUGCAAAAGUUGCUCGCAAAGCUGAUAGAGAAUACGCUCAAGAAAAAAAGGACACUGUGUGUUAUGCAAUCUAUGACUUACAAAAAACAUUGUGUGUUCCCAAUCUUGACAUUGGCGAAGUUUACUACAAGCGGAAGUUAUCCAUGUAUAAUUUCACAAUCUACAAUGUUAUUGAGCAUCAAGGGUUUUGUUAUACUUGGAAUGAAAGCGAGGCCAGAAAAGGUGCAAAUGAAAUUGCAACAAGUGUUCUGCUGUUUAUUGAAAUGAUGGCAAACAGAGGAGUGAAAGAAAUUAUUUUCUGGUCUGAUAAUUGCAGCGGACAGAAUAAGAACAAGUAUUUGUUCAGUAUGUACACCCAUGCUUGUGCUAAGUACAAAAUCAAGAUAAUCCACAGGUAUAUGGAGAAAGGUCAUACUAUGAACGAGGCAGAUAGCAUGCAUGCAAGAAUUGAACGAUUCUCCAAAUUCAAGUCUGUAUAUGAACCAUUUGAUUGGAUUGACAUUAUCAAAAAUUGCAAGGUUAACGGAAACAAAUAUGAGUUAACUGAAGUGGGAGGACAAAUACUUGACUUUCACCCUCUAGCAGACAAGUACCAAAAGUGGACGCACCAAAAAGCUAAAUGGCGUUCUGUUCGUGAAAUUAUUAUUGAUAGUGAGACUCCUGGUAAGGUAAUGUUGAGGCAUGACUUGGGCAACCCUCAACAAAUGGAAAUAAAAAUUACUUGCAAAGUGGGACGUCCAAUUAAUCUGAACAGCUUUAAAUUUCAACAUGCUUAUAAUAGCCCUUUGGAAUUGGACAAAAAUAAGCUGAAAGAUUUAGCAAGCAUGUGCAAUGACUUAAUUAUACCAUCUAAUAAGCAUGCAUUUUACCUUGGACUGGUGAACUUCCCUGACUUGUCCAAUCCUUUGGCUUUAAUGGAUGAAAGUGAAGACGAAGGAAAUGUUGAAGAUGUAGGAAAUGAUAAUAAUGAAGAUUUUAACUGGGAGACAGACAGCGAGAAUGAGGAAUCUGAUUACGAAGAACAACUACAGAAUCUUCAGAGGCCUAGAGGUCGCCAAGAAAUCUUAUCUGAAGAAAGUGAUAAUGAGAGUGAAAAUGUUGAUGAUGUAGAUGGAAAUGACGAGGCUGAGCAAGGUAAAGAAAAUAAAGCCAAUGAAAGUGAUAAUUUUGAAUAUAAUUUGUGAUAAAUUUGAUCUCUCUUGUUUUGAUAUUUUAUUCUUGACAGCUUAUUAUUUGUUGUGAUACAUCACCUAGUACUAUAGAAGCUAUAGUAGUCCAUUGUUUUACUUCUAAUUUUACCAUGCUAUCAUUCCAAAAAGUAAUUUUAGUUUGUAGCUUUAACUCUAUGCAUAAUAAAAACUAUCAUUUUGACUGAUCUAACUCAAAUACACUCCUAAUUUUUUUCCUGUUCCUCCAAAAUACUGUGCUUGGCUUUUGAAUUAGUUAAAUCAUACUACUUUCUCCCCGUUCCUUCAGAAUAUUAGGCUUGUCUUAUCUGAAUUGAUCCAAACAU